CAAAACCCAACAAGAGCUGGCUAGAUACGGUUUGCCACACAGGAUAGAGAUACUAGUUUUUCGGAAUCGGUAUAUCGCUGCUGGAUAUGAAUCCUCGGCAACGAUUCUUCAGGAUUCACUGUGUGGUGUCCCUAUAAAUUUCGUGUAAAAUUACCAUUAAGGAACAGUUUCUUGAACUUGUAGUAGUUCAUUGAUUGAGUUAAGGUAGAGCAAAGGUUUGUUUGCGGAAGUAACUUUUUAGUCCUUUUUUUCUUGUGUGUGAUAUUUAUUUUUGGCAUGCUGGUUAUGCCGUAAGAACUGUUGAUUUUCACACUCGAGGAUUCGACCGUUAUUUGGGAUCGAUAUGAAGUGUCUUAGGAUUAUUCGUUUCCUGCUGGCUGCUGUAUGCUGGAUGGCUGUUAGUACUAAAGGACAAAGUGCGAAGGAAAAAACGUGUCCUUAUCCCGCAGUUCCUAUUUAUGCGUCCAUUGUUCUUUCCAAUCAGGACCUGAGUGUGGGCACGACGGUCACUUAUUCAUGCGACGAAGGAUAUGAACUUUUCGGGGAAUCGUCGCGAGCGUGUCUGCCGUCGGGAAAAUGGAGCGGAGAAAUUCCGAGCUGCGCCGUGAAUGUGGCGUACGGAAAACCUGCCAACCAGUCCAGCACAGUACGUGGAGGCGACGCGAGUCACGGUAACGAUGGCGAUUUGACCAUUGUCCAUGAAAACAAGUACUGCACAGAGACCAAAGCUGAAGAUUCACCUUGGUGGCAGGUGGACUUGCUUCACGCCUAUCCUGUCAAGGUAGUUAGAAUUGUUACGAGGGGUUGUUGCGGUCAUCGACCCCUUCAGGAUCUAGAAAUACGUGUUGGUAAUAGUUCCUCCGUUCAAGGCAACAGACUUUGCGCUUGGUACCCUAAAACUCUAGAUGAUGGAGUAACCAAAGAUUUUGAUUGUGCCUAUCCUAUUGUUGGGAGAUACGUCUACGUUCAAAUGGUAGGCAUACAAGGUUCUCUCACUGUAUGCGAAGUCAUGGUCUUCACCACACAAGAGAUAUCCUCCGGCCGUUGCGGAAACCAGCUGGAGCCCCUGGAAUUAACCACCUUCAGUCGUACUUGCUAUGAAUUUCAAGUGCAAAAAGGCGGUUCCUUUGACACAGCCCGGGAUUACUGCAAAGCCAGGGGCGGGCUUCUUCUGCAUGGCGUUAAGGAUCUCAGCCAUAACUUCAUAGCCUCGGAACUGGAGCGAAGGAAAGAGGCUUUCAAGUCCAAACUGGUCUGGCUGGGUGCUCAGAGAGACCAGGGGAUAAGGGCUCGAACCUGGCACUGGGUGGAUGGCUCUGCCGUGGACCAGUUCCUGUGGGCAGAAGACCAACCCAACAACUACAAUGGUCAACAAAAUUGCAUCGUGCUGGACGGGGGACGCAGGUGGUUGUGGAACGACGUCACCUGCGACCUCGACUAUCUUCCGUGGGUCUGUCAGUACAGUCCAUCUAACUGUGGUAAUCCGGAUCGCCAGGAGAAUUCGACUAUUUUGGAGAACGAUUUUAGGCUGGGUCAGUCGGUCACCUAUCAGUGUCCGACUGGAAACAAAGUGGUGGGCGAUCGAAUCCGGCGCUGUGAAAGCAACGGAUUCUGGAGUGGAGCAGCGCCUUCCUGCGAAUUCGUGGAUUGUGGACCCCUGAAAAACAUCAAUUUCGGUAAAGUGACGUAUGGUGAAGAUAGAACAACGUACAAUGCCACUGCUGAGUACGUCUGUGAUGAGAACUACACUCUGGUGGGCAGCGGUGUGAGAAGAUGCGCUGAGGAUGGAAAAUGGAAUGGAACGGAACCAAGAUGCGAAUAUCACUGGUGCCAGAGCUUACAAGUGCCGACAAAUGGCUCCAUGGAGAUGACCGGAGUAAAAGCAGGAGAUGAGGUCACCUACACUUGCGACAGGGGGCACAAAUUAGUUGGGGACGAAGUCCGGAAGUGUCAACUGGGAGGAAAAUGGACAGGAAGAGAUCCCAUUUGCAAAUUUGUGGAAUGCGGACGUCCUCUGACUCUAGAAAACGGUUCUUAUAUACUCAUUGACGACAACUUGACAACAUAUCAAAGUCGCGUGACGUAUAAAUGUAAUGACAACUACACCAUCAUAGGACACGAUCAGAGAUCUUGUUUAGAAACGGGAAAAUGGAGUGGUAGAGAACCUACCUGCAAACUAAUCGAGUGCGGUGAACCGGAAGUUCCUGAUGGUGCAGAAAUGCCCGAAAACGCCACCUUCACCAUCCACUCAGAAAUACACUUCCGGUGCAAACCUGGCCACAAAAUUUCAGCUGUCUCGACUAAUGAUGUGGCCACUUACAAAAAUGGAGGCACAACACUCAAGUGCAAUCCCGAUGGAAAGUGGUCUGGAAGUCUGCCAACAUGCAUUUAUGUUGACUGCGGCCGAGUCCAACCCUUGCUUCGUGGAGAAGUGCAAUACGUGAAUGGAACCACCCAUUUGGGCAGUUUGGCCAGCUAUUCUUGCAAUCCGGGAUUCCGCAUGAUCGGAAGCCGAAUCAGAACAUGCACGGAGAACGGAAAAUGGAGUGAUGGAGCACCCAAAUGCGAAGAAAUCAGAUGUGUUUCACCCGAAGUUCCGAAGAAUGCCACAGUCGUGUAUGGAGGCAAUGAUAGAGCAUCGGCCGAUUCGUUCCGCGUGGGAUCUACUGUACAAUAUCGGUGCAUUCCUGGUCAUCUACCUGUCAAAGGAGAACCCCUUAGGACAUGCUUGCCCACUGGAGUCUGGUCCAACGAACCACCUUUAUGCAUGUAUAUCGAUUGUGGGUUACCGAGACCAGUGCCUCAUGGCCACUGGCUAUUGCCUUCAAAUACCACCUACUACGGCAGUCAAGUAGAAUAUGUAUGUGACGUAAAUUUCGAAAUUCAUGGCCCCAGAAGACGUCUAUGUCUGGAAAAUGGCACAUGGAGCAGCAAUGAACCAAUUUGUGAAGUCGUGGCUUGUGGUAAGCCAGAUACCAAAGACGACCAAACCAUUGUAGAAGGAGACAGUUAUAUAGUGGAACAUUGGGUAAAUUAUAGUUGCUCGGAAGGUUACGAACUCAUUGGCAACAAAAGUCGAAUGUGCGGAAGUGACGGACAAUGGACGGGACAGACGCCCUUCUGUAAAUUGGUGGACUGCGAAUCACCAUCGGCGAUCGCAAAUGGUCAAGGAUUCUUAUCCAAUGGAACAACCACUUAUUUAAGUAUGGUGCAGUACCGAUGUUUGCCGGAUUUUCAAAUGGUUGGUGAACCUAUUCGUACUUGUCUUGCAACGGGAGAAUGGAGUGGCCUCGAACCGAAAUGCGUUGAUAUUGUGCUAGAAAUAGAAAAUUCAGCUGACGGCAGACAUGCCGAAGGUCAAGAUGUAGACGCAUCCAAAACUAUUGGUAUUGCUAUUGCGGUAGGGGCUGGAGCACUCCUCAUAGUUAUUAUCAUUGCUGCAGCUAUAUGUGUUAAAACAAGGAAGGCUAAGGCCAUCAAGACAAGUACUACCUCAACUAUGGGUGGACGCAUCGACCAUAAAGACUCAUCCACACUUAGAGCAUAUCCUAGCAUCGCAGCCAUCACCGCUUCAGACAAUCAUAACAAUGGCUUCGGUGUUCGAAAUCACCCCAAUGGUUUGGUGACCUUCAGCAGCAAUCCUCAACCAAUUUAUGCAAAUGUAAAUGGCCAUACACCAUCCGAUGCUGACGAUAAUCCACCUCCUGCUGUUCGAGCACUGCGUAAUGGAGUCAUACAGAGUGAAAGCUUGUGAAACGAAGACUUCUGUGAAUAGAUCUCUAUAAUUUAUUGAAACUUGAAAACACAUCUAUUUGUUCUCCUUUUUUAUGUGUACAGACUAUGGAUUUUUUUACAAGAAUAUAUUGUGUUACCCUUCAGUGCAUAGUUAACGUCCAUAUGGAACUCAAACAAUCCAAGAAUUUUAUUUCUGAUAAAGUGUUAAAAGAGAUGCGAAAAACAUUUUUUUUUUUUUUUAUUCUUACUAUGUAUUGGGAGUGAAAAUAUUUUCGUCUACCAUAUUGAUUACUGAUAAGGAUAAGCAUACAAGGAUCAUCACUGAAAAACUUACUGAGUAACAAAUGCUUUUUAGCAUCUGGAUUUUUUUAUGCUUUUUUAUUAACUCUGAAUACUUAAAGGACCAUGAAAAAAAUUAUAAUUUAAUUUGAAUGCGUUUAUCCAAUGGAUUACUAUGUUUCCUAAAUCAAUCUAAGUUACAAGGCAUAAAAAAAAUCUGAUAAAUUGUUGCUUGAUAUGGUGACAAACGAUUACGAUAAUUAUGUUUCCAUUAUUAUCAGUUUAUUGCAUAACUUUCAGGAGUGAAUUAUAUUAUCAACAGAAUUUUUUCAUACCAAACUCGAAACAAUUUCAGAAGAAUGCCUUUCCAAUUUACAUUUUGCAAUGAAACGCAAAUUUAGUGAAUGUUUUUCCUUGAAAUGCUAAAGCCUUUUCAAAUAACCAUCUAUUUUAAACAUCUAAACUGUAUAGAAUACGUCCUACCAUUUAUAAUCUAGCGUUGAAAUGCUUUAUGUUAUAUAUUUAUAGAAUAUACAUGCAUGGCCUGUGCAUGUUCUUUUAUUAAUUAUCUUUUAUUAUUUCACGAGGUAUUAAUUAUUUCCAUUGAAGUUCCUUGAUAAUAGAUAUCAAAAUAAUAUGCAAGACCAUGAAAUAUUUAUAAGGAAAUUAUCAUCUUUUAUUUAAAUAAAAAUAAAUUCAAAAGAUAUUCUAUAUUUAUUGAAAUGGAAAUAAAUGUUUUAAAAACUUGUAAUUUGUCAAAAUUGAUGAGAAGAUUAUGCAUUCUGUUUAUUAAGAAAAUUGUUAGGAAAAACCAGUGCUAUUUGAAAGUUACUUACAACUAUUAUAGUAUAUUGGAGAUGUUACACCAUAGGAAUUAGAAAAAUCAUAUGUUGAAUUCUAGUGUGAAGUAAAAUACUUAUCGGAUGUGACAUUUGCACUACCCAAUUGUAUGAAUAUAGAGAAAUAUGCAUUCUGCUAAACGUUACUGAAUCCUGCCGUUAUACUUGCAUGUAAAGGUGUUAAUUCAUGUCAUCAUGAUUAUGUGAUAUACGUAAGUUGGAUGUUAUCUGAUAUGCAGUCGUGCGAUAGAAAAUCGGAGCAAAUUAAUUUCACAUUUUUAUCUUUCAUAUUUAUGAAAAUUAUGAAAUUUUAAGAUUGAUGUAUGUAACUAUGCUUACAAUGAAAAUGUAUCAACAUAUACAUAAAUAAUUAUAUAAUAUCAAUAUAUAAAGUGCUGAAGCAACUUUCAUGGAUAAAGGAAUAACGGAUAACGAAUCUGAAGAUUAUGUAGUAACCUCUUUUAACUAAAUACUAUCCUACAAUCACUUAAAAAUAAUUUGUUUUAAUAUAAUAUUAUGUUUUCAUUUAGUAAUUUUCAAGGAACAGAAAGAUUGAACUUCAUUAUUCAUAUUUGAAACCACAUUCUUUCCCUUUUUUCCAUUCCAUUCGUCUGAAGAAAAAAACUAUUUUCAAUAAUUUGUUGUAUUUAAAAUUUCGUAUUUCAAUGUAUAUAUUAGGGUGUCCCAUAAGUUUAUUUCCUAUUUCUAAUAUGAAAUGAAUACACAAUAUUUACUGUUUAAGAUAUUAUUUAUUUUAUUAUAUUAGAACCCUUUUGCUCUAUUACUUUCUUUCAUAUUUCAGGAAAUCUCAUUAUGCCUCCUUUCCAAAUUUGUUGUGUUUUGGACAAGAAAUAAUCCUCGAAGGGCUCUUUUAUUUCGCUGAAGGAUUUAAAGCGCUUAUCGCGAACAUAAUUUUUUAAGGACAGAAAAAGUAAUAAUCAGAUGGAGCAAGAUCGGGAGAGUAUGUAGGAUGCGGUAAAACAUUCCAAUCAAACUGAAAGAGCUUCUCUCUUACGUCUAAUGCAAUAUGUGGUCUCGCGUUCUCAUGAUGAAAAAUAACGCCUCGUUGGUACAUUAAUUCUGACCGUUUUUUGCUAUGGCAGCUUUCAUUUGAUCCAGUUGAUGAUAGUAUUUCGUAGAACUUAUUGUUUCACCUUGAGGAAGGAACUCGUAGAAAAUUAUGUCUUUCCAAUCCCACCGUAUGGAUAAAAGAACUUUUUUGGGGUUUAGUCACGGCUUGGGGUUAGUAGAGCUCUGGUACGACUGAAACCGAUUGCAUUGACGGCUAAUAGAUAGGCCUGCAUGUUUGCACAAGUAAAGCCAGGUGAGGCCAUUCAUAGCGCGAUGAGAAAGAAACGUUUGGGACACCCAAAUAUAUAUAUAUAUUAUUUUGUGAUUAGAAAAUUAUUAUAUUUAUAAUAUUAUUUCAGAUUUCUAGAAUCAUUAUUCCCCUUAAAAUAAUGAAUGUGAAUUGAAAUAAUUAUAAAUUAAAAUUUAAUAAAUAUCCAAGACAGCUUUCAUCGUGGAUGGCAAACAGUUCUUGUUUAAAUCAUACUGUAUGUAAAAAAAAUAAUUUAUAUGUGAAUUUUAUGUUCUUUUCUUUUGUUUGUUUGUGGAUAAUUUUUUAUAAUAAUUUACCGUCAUCGCAUUGUAUUUAUAUGUAUCAUAGUUAAUUAUUUUGUGAUAUGUUUUGAUGUGUGAAACAAUGGCUGGACCACUCAAACCAAAAUAGUUGUCCUUAGAAGAUUUA